CUGCGUUAGAGAAUUGCAUUUGUUGAUUGGUCAGAGUUCUUGUGGAAGUAAAACAGGAGGGACUUCACGGAAGAUGAUUUCUGUUGUAUUUUACAUGACAGUCAGCGGCGAUUGACGGUAGUCCAUCAGCUCAGUGGCCGUUGAUGGACCAUCCCUAUGAAGAAACAGGCUUACAAUGGGACAGAGUACCUCGGAACAAGAGGUCCAAGGAGACAUUUCAGAGGACGGGUUUAAUAACAUCAAGACGUUUGUGGAAGAAGAACUACAGACGAGCAUGAUGGUGGGGAUGGUGAUUGGUGCAGGCAUCGCCAUAGUACUCAUCGCUAUCCUCAUCUUCUUCAUUUUGCGGAGGAUUCAGCUUCGAAACCUAGAAGCUCAGGAGGCACCCAAAUACCGCUUUCGCAAGAGGGACAAAGUCAUGUUCUACGGUCGAAAGAUCAUGCGUAAAGUCUCCCAGUCUACCUCUUCCCUGGUGGGUACGUCCUCCUCCUCUCGGCCACGUCUGAAGAAGAAGCAGAAGAUGCUGAACAUUGCCAAAAAGAUCCUGCGCUUUAAGAAAGAGGUGCCCACCCUUCAGGCCAAGGAGCCUCCUCCCUCAGUGCUGGAAGCAGACCUUACUGAGUUUGAUGUGGCCAACUCCCACCUCCCCUCUGAGGUGCUCUACAUGCUCAAAAAUGUCCGUGUGCUGGGUCACUUUGAGAAACCCCUCUUCCUGGAGCUCUGCAAACACAUGGUGUUUGUGCAAUUCCAACAAGGGGAGUAUGUUUUCAGGCCAGGCCAGCCUGACAGCAGCAUCUAUGUAGUUCAGGAUGGAAAACUAGAACUGUGCCUUAAUGGAACGGAUGGCAAAGAAAGUGUGGUGAAGGAGGUUUACCCAGGAGACAGUGUCCACAGCCUCCUCAGCAUUCUGGAUGUCAUCACAGGCCACCAGAAGCCUUACAGAACAGUGUCAGCACGGGCUGCAGAGGUUUCCACUGUUCUCCGUUUACCUGUAGAGGCCUUCCUGUCAAUAUUUGAGAAGUACCCUGAGAGCUUAGUGCGAGUAGUACAGAUUAUCAUGGUUCGCCUCCAAAGAGUAACAGUCCUAGCUCUGCACAACUAUCUGGGUCUGACCAAUGAGCUCUUCAGUCAUGAAAUGCAGCCCUCACGUCUGCCACCUCAAUCACCCCACGCUACUCGCACCAGUCCUGUCCGACACGGCAAGCGCUUUGGCAGCCUAACAGUGUCUGAGGAGCAUCGAGAAGCUGCCAUCAAGGGUGAAGCUGCAGGAGAACAAGGGAAGGAUGGAACAGUGCCAACUCUUAGUAGGACAAUCUCCAUGCCUGUGGACAUUGCUGGUAUACAGAAAGGUCUGAGAUCAGACUUUGACAUGGCAUAUGAAAGAGGAAGGAUUUCUGUCUCUGCAGAGGAUGGCAACACUCCUCCUACCUUUACUCGGUCAGUAUCCCAGGACCAACGUGAGAGGAGGGUGACAGUGGAUGAAGUUCCAUCAGGGAUCUACCUUUAUCCAGAGGAAGAGCCAGCUGUGGAUAAUAUUUUCACACCUGUAUCCAUUCGAUCCAGUGCUGCUCUGUUUGAAGAAGCUCAGAAAGAGGUUCUCAGACUCAUGAGGAUUGAGGACCCAGCCUUGUUAAAUGGGAAAGUGACUCUGCAUCAUGCAAAAGCUGGAGCUGUCUUAGCAAAACAGGGAGACCAGGACGUGAGUCUGCACUUUGUCUUGUCUGGUUGUCUGCACGUCUACCAGCGGAUGAUCAACAAGCAGGAAGCCGUCUGCUUGUUUGUGACCCACCCGGGAGAGAUGGUGGGUCAGCUCGCUGUGCUCACUGGAGAGCCCCUUAUUUUUACCAUCAAGGCUGUCCGAGACUGUACUUAUUUGAAGAUCUCAAAGUCAGACUUCUAUGAGAUCAUGAGGGAGCAGCCCAGUGUGGUGCUUAGCGUUGCCCAUACGGUCGCCAUCCGAAUGUCUGCUUUUGUCAGGCAGAUGGACUUUGCCAUUGACUGGAUGGCUGUAGAAGCUGGCAGAGCCCUCUACAGACAGGACGACCAGUCAGACUGCACCUACAUUGUUCUAAAUGGACGUCUGCGUUCAGUCAUCCGCAAGGCAAACGGCAAGAAAGAACUGGUGGGGGAGUAUGGAAGAGGAGACCUCAUUGGCGUGGUGGAGGCCUUGACCAGACAGCCAAGAGCCACCACCGUCCAUGCUGUGAGAGACACGGAGCUGGUUAAACUGCCUGAAGGAACACUCAACAACAUCAAAAGGCGAUAUCCACAGGUGGUGACUAGGUUGAUCCACUUGUUAGGUCAGAAGAUUCUGGGUAACCUUCAGCAGGGUCGGGGGCCAUUCUCAGGUUCAGCUUUCAGUCUGCCCAGUAUGGCAACAAGUGCAGAUGUCACCAACCCUGCCAGCAACCUCUCCACUGUGGCUGUGCUGCCUGUCUGUGAUGAAGUGCCGAUCAACGCGUUCAACCUGGAGCUCAGCCAUGCCCUCAGUGCCAUCGGGCCCACUCUACUAUUAACCAGUGACAUAAUCAGAGAGCGUCUGGGUGCUUCUGCUUUGGACAGUAUACAUGAAUAUCGUCUCUCUGGCUGGCUGGCCCAGCAGGAGGACAUCAAUCGUAUUGUCCUGUAUCAGACUGACAACAGCAUGACCCCAUGGACACAGCGCUGCAUCCGCCAGGCUGACUGCAUCCUCAUUGUUGGCCUGGGCGACCAGGAACCUACGCUGGGAGAAUUGGAGCAGAUGCUGGAGAACACAGCAGUCCGGGCUCUGAAACAGCUGGUCCUUCUGCACAGAGAGGAUGGACCUGGCCCCUCCAGGACAGUUGAGUGGCUCAACAUGCGUAGCUGGUGCUCAGGGCAUCUCCACCUCAAAUGUCCCCGUAGAGUUUUCUCCAGACGCAGUCCCAGCAAACUGAGGGAGGUAUAUGAGAAGGUGUUUGAGAAAACGGCAGACAGACACAGUGACUUCUCUCGGCUGGCCCGAGUCCUGACUGGAAACAGCAUUGCCGUUGUGCUGGGAGGAGGUGGAGCUAGAGGUUGCUCCCAUGUGGGUGUGAUAAAAGCUAUGGAGGAAGCAGGGAUUCCUAUUGACAUAGUGGGUGGGACCUCGAUUGGCUCAUUCAUUGGUGCACUGUAUGCUGAGGAGAGGAGUGCCGUACGAACCAAACAGAGGGCCAGAGAGUGGUCCAAGGCAAUGAAUUCGGUGUUUAAAACAGUCCUGGACCUCACCUACCCUAUUACCUCCAUGUUCUCCGGCUCUGCCUUCAACACCAGCAUCUAUAAAGUGUUCCAGGACAGGCAAGCUGAGGACCUGUGGCUGCCAUACUUCAACGUCACCACUGACAUCACAGCCUCAGCCAUGCGUGUUCAUCAGGAUGGUUGCGUCUGGCGCUAUGUUAGAGCCAGCGCCUCCUACACCCCCUAUUUACCUCCCCUGUGCGACCCCAAGGAUGGCCACUUGCUUGUGGAUGGUUGCUAUGUUAACAAUGUCCCAGGCUCUCUGUGGCGCUAUGUACGGGCGAGCAUGACCCUCUCGGGGUACCUGCCGCCUCUCUGCGACCCCAAAGAUGGCAACUUGCUAAUGGACGGUGGCUACAUCAACAACCUGCCAGCGGACAUUGCAAGGAACAUGGGUGCCAGAACAGUCAUCGCCAUCGACGUGGGUAGCCAAGAUGAGACUGACCUCUGUAACUAUGGCGACUGCCUGUCUGGCUGGUGGUUACUGUGGAAACGGAUCAAUCCCUGGGCAGAGAAAGUGAAGGUGCCAGACAUGGCAGAGAUCCAGUCACGGUUGGCCUACGUGUCUUGUGUGCGGCAGUUGGAGGUGGUGAAAAAGAGUGCCUACUGCGAGUACAUCAGACCACCCAUCGACCGGUUUAAAACCAUGGACUUUGGCAAGUUUGAUGAGAUCUAUGAUGUGGGUUACCAGCAUGGGAAGUUAUUGUUCACCGGCUGGGCUCGAGGUGACAUUAUCGAGAACAUGCUGAAGGACCACCGUUCUGCUGACUACAACGACAGCAAGAGAACUGACUCCUGCACAUGUCCAGGAGCCGACUUCACUGACCUUGCAGAGAUUGUAUCCAGGAUAGAGCCGGUCCAAAUCUACGUAGCAACAGAAGGUGAAGCGGAGGAGUCAGACUGUCUGACAGAGUACGAGGAAGACGGGAUGGACACGGUGAGAGAGGAGGAAGGGGAGGAAGAGGAGUAUGAGGCAGAGGAUCCUGAGGACCACUCCCCUGGAGAGUGGGGACAGAAUGGCGUCUUUCAGACUGAUGAAGAGAAAUCUGUGAGACAACGCAGGAAACUUACCAGUGACUCCAACACCUCUGAAGUGUCAGACUGCUGACAGAGGGCCACAGAGGAAUAGGACAAUAAGAACAAGGGUCACGCUGUGGGUCCAUAAACUGUCGAAACGUGGACGUCACACUCAGCCCCUACAACUACUGAAACUCUGUUUCUGUUUUAUUUCUGGAGAGAAACCACUCAUCCUCUAAGCUGUUGAAUUUUGUUUGUGUCAAAUGACUUCCUCCGAAUUUAUACAGUCUCAAAUGAGAAAACAAGUGGAAAACAACCAGAGUUUUCUCUCAUCACUGACCCAUUGCCAGAAUCCCACCCACAACAAAAACAUGACACUAAGAACUUGAAAUUCAACAAUUCAAAUCACUUGCAUGUCCCAUCUGUGUCUCUGAAUCUUAAUGUACGUCUUUAAUGUCGGUACAGCGUCCCUGCUCUCCAUCGCUGGUGACACGGUCUUCAUUUCUUGUUCAGAUGAGUGUUACCCAUGUGUCAGGAUGACUGGUACAGAUGAGCAAAACUGUUUUUUUUUUUUUUUUUAAUCAUAGCAUGACACUGAAAAAAAAAAGUCAAGAAUGCAGACAGAAGAACAGUAGUUGCUAAGAAUCCUGUAGGUUUAGCAUAGAUGUUGUAGGAGAUGGUAUAGAAAGAGGGGAUCAUUAUAUAAAAACCAAAGUAGAUUUGAUGUUGACUGAACUAGAGGUUGGACCAGAGUCAGGAAGCAGGGAGAGGACGGACUAAAUGAGAAAAGAGAGAGGCAUGUUUGUAUUGCUGCAGAAAGCUGGAAAUGCAAUAAUGGGAUAAAAAUGUGCAGACAAGGACAAAGAUGGAUCAGUGGGCAUAGUUUUAAUUUAAUUUCAUUUAUUUAUUGUUCACGCACAACAGAAUAGUGAGCUUGAUGUGCUGUAGGCAGACUAAAACCAACAGAGGAUGUAAGAAAGUGUAAUGGAAAUUAGGGAUGAAUGAGAUUAUUUCAGUGAGUGGAUGACACUGUGUUUGUGUGCUUGAAAUGUUGUGUCUCAGUAGUUUUUUUUUUUAAAAUGAUGCCAGAUAAUUACGAUGCCUUUUCAACUACUGUUCAACCUGCUCAGAGUGAACAUGACUGUGGCGCGAUCAUUCAACUGACAAUAUACAACAAAGGAGUUUGUGCUCACCUCUGCUUCCACAAGGUCACAUGCACAGUACUCAGGGUUCCUGCGUAUAACUUGACAUUAUAACAUCCUCUGCUGGUGGAUAAGAAUAUAUGAGAGUGUAUCUCAAACCGUAAAGUUACAAUAAUCUCCAAAACCAUGCCAACACAUGAUUGUCAAAAAGUGAUUUUGAUAUGGAUAGCACGCAGAAAUCCUGAGUAAACCUAAACCUCUAACGGGCAGAUAUUCACCUCGUCUAACACUUAUUUCACAUGGACCUCUUGUAGAAACUGUAACAAGAUUAUAUUAUAAUAUACACAAUGUUAAUAUUCAUAUAUGUAUAUGAGGUGAAAAUUUGUAUGUUGAUGCUUUGCUGCAAAACAAGGCAACCUACACCGAAACAAAAAAGUUUGUUCGCUUAACAUCAAUUCAUCAUUUUUUAUUUAUACAUAUUAACAAAUGGCUUUUUAAAUUGGGGAUUGAGGGGGGUGUCUUAUUCUAAUUAGCUCAGCUUUAGCUGUUUUGCACUGAAAUAUUUGAAGUAUUCCUUGCUCUAAAGCUGUUUGGUUUAACAUUUGCCAUACACCUUGAUAUGCCAAGGGAAUCUAGGAAAUCAAAAGAGGUUAUAAUUGAAUAUGCAUAUUGGGAAAUAAACGUAAUAUGCAUCCA